AUGGCUACUCCCGGUCAAACCGGAUCAUCCGAGCCCCAAGCCGAAGUAAUGUCCAUCGCCUCGCCCAUCAACCUCAUCAUCCUCUCCCUCUUCGUCGUAUUGGUAUAUUGGCAUCUCCGCCCCAAACAACCCGUCGUUCUUCCGCGGGGUCCCGCCCCAGUCGUAUUCCGCACCUACACGCCCAAAACGCUCCGUGAGUUUAACGGUGAGGAUGGGCGACCCGUCUACUUAGCGGUCCGGGGCCGUGUCUUUGAUGUGACCCCCGGCCGGAACUUUUACGGCCCGGGUGGGCCGUACGAGAAUUUUGCGGGUCGCGAUGCGUCUCGUGGACUGGCGCAUCAGAGCUUUGACGAAGAUAUGUUGACAAAGGAUCUUUCGGGUCCGUUGGAUGAUCUCAAGGAUUUGGACAAUGACCAGCUGGAGAAUCUGCAGUCGUGGGAGGAGCGCUUUUCGGAGAAAUAUCUCGUGGUGGGCAAGUUGGUCGCGGAGGGAGACCCUGAGGCUCCCACGUCAUGA